UUAUUUUUUUGAGCAGUGUACAUACACAGUGCUAUUUUAAUAGUUUGUUUUACUGUUUAUUGUCAAAUGAAUGAUGUAUUGUAUUUAUUUUAUUUUUUAAGAUAUAUAACAACAUUCCAAACGUUUUACUGCAUUAUCUAGUAAUGUUCCACUAUGUGUAUCCGUUUGGAUCCGUUUCAAUGGGGAACUUUUAUUUUGAAUGCGAACCGCAAAUUCCACCGUUGUUCUUAUUGUGGGUAGCUUCACACAGGCCAGGGACACCAGAAACCCAAUGGGCGUUGAAUUACAUUUUAUGCUGUGAGUUGCAAACUGGCUGUAUUUUCUUCCCAAAUCCCGGUAGUGGAACCCUUUGUACCAAGAAACACAGAGAGAUAAAGGUCCGGACAAAAGCUGCAGGAAUGUCCGAAGUUAGUGUUGAGGCUGAGUCCCCAGCCCAGGACCUGCCAAUGGAUUCAUCUAAGGAGGCUCAGAAUACUGAGGACUUUCAAAGAGAGAGCGAGGAGGAUGCUCACAGCUUUGAUAGUACUGAAUAUGUACUAAACAAUGAUGAAGUGCCUCAUGGUGACAGAGCUGAAAACGACAGUGAUGUUCAAAAUGACAACGAUAAUGCUGAGAACAGCGAUGGCGCUCAAAAUGAUGAUGUUGAGAGCGAUAAUGAGAAUACGCAAAACAGUGUGAAUGCUGAGCAUGACGAUGAUGUACCAAGGACUAGUGGCAAUGCACAUCCCGACAAUGCCGGUGCUAAAAGGGAAAAUUGCCAUACAGCGACUACUGAUAAUGAUACACCAAAGAAAAAUGAAGAUUCUCACACUCAUACAAAGGACAGCACUAUGGAUGAGGAGGUCCACAGGAGCCCUGCGGCAGAGAUAUCGGUCACCAGCAAUGGAGACCUGGAGGAGAGCCACGAGGAUGUAUUCAGGGAUCCUUCUUACGGGGACCUGAACCUGUCAGAAAGCCACAUCCACUCUGGCAGCUUUGCCUCGAUGACAGAGGGCAUCAUUGCAUCAGGACCAUACAAAGUGUCAGCAAGCCAGCCCACGUCUCCCGUGGCACCUGUAGCUCCCAGCUCAGCCGCGGCUAGCCGUCUGGCGCGACCCAUCAGCGAUAGUCAGACUGAGAUACAGAAAGGCACUAUGGAAGGGCAGCCACAGAGCGGGCCGGUGGUCCUGGCAGACGACCUGAAGAACCCGGCCAUGGAAAAACUGGAUCUAGUGAGGAAGUGGAGUAUCAACACGUACAAAUGCACCAGGCAGAUCUUGUCGGAGAAGCUGGGCCGCGGCUCGCGGACGGUGGACCUGGAGCUGGAGGGGCAGAUCGAAGUGCUGCGCGACAACAAGCGCAAGUACGAACACGUGGUCAAACUGACCCAGACUCUGGCCAACCAGCUCACCCAGAUGAUGCAGACUCAGCGGCAGCUUGGCGAUGCCUUCGCUGACCUCGGCCUCAAGUCGCCAGAGCUCCAUGAGGAGUUUGGAUAUAAUGCUGACACUCAAAAACUUUUGUCCAAAAAUGGGGAGACCCUACUGGGAGCUAUCAACUUCUUCAUUGCCAAUGUGAACACACUGGUGGACAAAACAAUUGAGGACACUAUGAUUAACAUCAAACAGUAUGAAACUGCCAGGGUUGAGUUUGACGCGUACCGCACAGACCUGGAGGAAUUGAACCUGGGGCCGCGGGAUGCCACCACUCUGCCCAAGAUCGAAUACUCCCAGCAGCAGUUCCAGAUCCACCGCGAGAAGUAUGAGAAGAUGCGCAACGACGUCUCCAUCAAGCUCAAAUUCCUGGAAGAGAACAAGGUGAAAGUGUUGCACAACCAGCUGAUCCUCUUCCACAAUGCCAUCGCAGCAUACUAUGCAGGAAACCAGCAGCAGCUGGAUCAGACGCUCAAGCAGUUCCACAUCAAGUUGAAAAUGCCCGGCGGGGAUACACCAUCUUGGCUGGAGGAGCACUAAUCAACCGAUCCACCCCUCCCAAAAAAUCUAGUGGUUUGGUCUGGAGAGGCAUCAGGAAAUGCUCUCCCCUCCCUGUCUGCCUCUGUUCCUCCCACUUUUCUUCAGGAUUGUAAAAGUUGUUAGGCAAAGCAACACUAAGACAAAUAAAUAAUUUAAAAAACAAAGAAAUAUUUAUCAAUCUCUUGGUUGAUAAACUGUACGUCCUGUUUUCUACUAUGCUCUUGUUCUUCCUGUACAAGGAAAUCCAUUGACCGUUCUAAUCGUGAAGUGGCCAUCUCUCUUUUUCUCUCGUUCUCUUCUUUUUUUACAUGGAACUGCUGCAGUUCUUUUCGAAUCAUGGGAAAUUCACUUUUUGGGGUUGAUUUGACAAAUCUAGUGAGAAGCACAGAGAUGCUAAAUACAUUUUGGAAAGUGUAAAAGGACUUUUUACUCCAGCUUAUGAAUGUUGUAUCUCGACACUGUAGAGACGUUUUGGGACAAAUGGCCGUCAUCUUCUUGACUCUGCAUCCAGUUGGUUAACUUAUCUCCACUUUUUGUAAAACUCUGGCCACCUAUUGAUGGAGUAACACUAAUGAUAGGCAUCAUUAAAUGUACAUGAUGCAUCAUAAGCAAGAUGUGACACCUGUUAUACCCAGUGUAUGACUGUAGGAAAUGGAUUACCACCUUCUUGGAAUUAAAUACAGUAGAUUAGAUGGUUGGUUUUCACUGUUUGAGUCAUUGCAUUGUACUGUAAUGAAUGGCCAUUUUAUAACAAGCGUCAAUGUCAUGUUUAAGGUGCUAUUAUGUUGCAAUAAUGAUGUUCAUUAGUGUUAACCAUUUGUGUUUGUCUUUGACUUUAAUCAUGGGUAUAUGAUAGACAAUAUUAAUUAUUGAAUUGAACAUUUUGUAAUUCCAGAGAAACUGAAAGACCAGCCUUACCACGUGAACUUGAUGUGCCUUGUUUUAUGUCUGUACAAAUCUCUCGCUCUGUCUGAUGUUUCAACUAAACACAGACCCCUCACACUGCCAGCUUCAGGACCAUAUAGCUGUAGAUGGAUAGAUAAAGAAUGGACCAAACAUACCUACAUCACAUACACUCCAUACCAACAUAAACCACUCAAUUAUCCUAUUUCACGAUUACCUCGCCGUGUGAAUAGAAUCCUUUUUGCUGCAUUUGAGAAGAGGGGUAAAUACGAGUUAAAUCUCUAAUUAGCAGCUGUUAUCUGCUUUAAAGCUAACCUAUAUGCUAAACGUGAACGUAAAUGUUUGCAUUUUAGAAUGAGCAACAGUUCAGUCUUAGCAUUGGACAAUGACAAUCUAUGCUAAUUAAUGGCACAAAGAAGCAUGUUGAUUCCCUUGACUUUCCAAUUGCAGUCAUUUAAAAAAAAUGAUAUCUUCCUCUCAAAUAUAUAUAUAUAAUACUGCACAUUUAUGUACAUGAGACAAAAACACUUGUAAGAACUGUGUAUAUGAGAUGAAAGUGGACCUGAAAAACAUUUGUACAUAGGAAAGACCAGCAUCCUCUGCCUGAGCUUCUAAACAUUUGAAUAGUUAUUUUCUGAAUACUAUGGUUAUUUCCUUCGAAAGGACCACAGGUAUUCAAGCCAGCUGUCUCGUCCCCGCGGGCAAAAUAUGGGAUGUCAUAAUGAUGUUAUAUUCUGGUUGAAAUGUUAGCCAGAUGACAACCAGGGGAAGACAUCUUUUUCAUGACGCCAUAUUUUGGUUGUGGUAAAAUGACAUCUAAAACACCUUCCCUUUAGAACCUGACCAUAAUAUUCACAAAAUAAUGUUAUUGCAACCAGUUUUGCCCACGGGUUCCUCUGUCUUCUAUUUGUACCUACAGUACCAUUCCUGCUGUACAACAGCGUGUGUGCAUUGUACAUCAAUCUGUUCAAUGAAUUGAUGUAAGCAUAGAUAAAUAUAUAUAUUUGUAAUUUCCUCUAUUUUACCUUAGAUAUUUUAUAGGGUAUAUGAAUGAAGCGACGGGGCAUUUUUCUCAUGGUGAUUAACAGAUGUUGAGUUCAAAAACAGGUUUCUGAAUGUUGUGUAAAGUCUUUUGGGGGAAAAUAAAAUGUUUUCUUCAUGAAUGUCUCAUUUGGUGUUUUGGUAUGUUUCCAAUAAUUGAGUGAAGGUGUUUUUAUAUUUUCACAACUUCUUUGCAUUUUUGCCUUUGUUAUAUGAUUUGUGUGUAUUUAGCCUCAUUUUGUGCUGCCACCAGGUCCUGCUAUGCGAAGUCUUAGCUACAGUAUAUAAAUAAAGAUAUUUUCUGGUG